CGGAUUUGAUUGGUCGGUGGAGUUGUCAUUCUCGUUGACUCCAGGAAGUGUUGGAUUGUAGGAAUUUAGAAUGAAAAGCUGAUCAGCGCCUCAUUAAAAGUCUGCGGAUCAUCAUGGGGAACACGGAGAGCGCAGUGGUUCAGAAGCGGCUGACCCGCUUUCGCCCUGAGGAGCGGCCCGCCAUCGACGGCGUGUUCAACAAGCUGGUGUGUGGGGGGGGCGGUUCAGAGGCCGCAGGAAACGCCAUCACGCUGCAGAUGCUUCAGUCCUCCAUGGGCAGCGUGGCGUCGGACUCUUUGGUCCGGCGGGUUUUCCGCUGCCUCUGCAGCAUCGAUCCGGACCUGGCGGCGCCCGCGUUUGGCAAAGCCGACCAGCGUCCCGCCUCCCUGGUGACCCGGGAGCAGCUGGUGAUCUUCCUGGCAGACACGCUGCGAGGCACCGCGGAGGAGCGGGCGCCGCUCGUCCUGGUCAUGUCCCAGCCCCCGUCAUCAGCUGCUGCGGCCGUCACCUGUGGGCAGGUGGUGGAGUUCGUCCAGGACCUGAUCUCUGCUGUAGUUCAGAUUCUGACCAGUAGAGGGCGUCUGGACGGCUGGAAACCCGACAAGAUGGCCGACUCUUCAGUGGGCGUCAAACUCCUGGCAGAGAACUUGUGCUCUGAGCUGAAACCUGCAGAUCCAGACAGCUGUGACGUCUCCUGUCUGGAGGACUGGAUCUUCAGAACCCCUCAGGUGUCUCUGUACCUGGAGAUGCUGGCAGACGAAGGCCUCAGCGUGUCUCUGAGCAGCUGCCCCCCUCCCAGACUCCUGCCCCCCUGCAGGGAGACGCCCUGGAAUGAGCUGGACUCUCUCCUGGACGUCCCCACCCUCAUGUUUCUGGCUCCACAGGUGCCGGAUGGCUACAGCGCCCCCUGGAGGCUGGCGUUCUCCACCCAGGUGCACGGCGAGAGCUUCACCAGAAUGAUGGCGAGCCUGACCAGGGGGGGGCCGUCCCUGCUGCUCCUCAAAGACACCAAGGGACACGUUUUUGGAGGCUUUGCCUCGCACACCUGGGAGUUAAAGCCUCAAUUCCAGGGUGACUCCAGGUGUUUCCUGUUCUCUGUUGUCCCCACGAUGAGGGUUUACACGGCAACAGGAUACAACGAACACUUCAUGUACCUGAACCAGCACCAGCAGACCAUGCCCAACGGGCUGGGCAUGGGGGGUCAGCAUGAAUACUUCGGCCUGUGGCUGGACAGCGACUUUGGCCGCGGUCACAGCCGCGCACGGCCCAAGUGCACCACCUACAGCAGCCCCCAGCUGUCGGGGGACGAGGACUUCACGCUGGACUCCAUGGAAGUGUGGCACGUGGGCAAACCUCCGAAAGCAGAGGAGGAGGAGGAGGAGGAGGAGGGGAAGAAGAGCAUCCUGUUCGUGGAUCCAGAAGUUCAGGCCUUAAUGGAGAUGACCGGGAAAACUCUGCACAGCGAGGGACUCCGGGAGCCCGAAGACGACUAGUUCCAGGAAGCAGAGAGACUCGGAGAGUCUGGAAAAGCUCAGAUAUCAGCCUCUUUCUGUGAGCCUUUUUAAUCAGAAGCUGAAUCUUUUUAGAGCCACUGUCCUCUCAGACAAAGAUCCAAAUGACCUGACGAAUCCAAUCACAGAUCCAGGUACAACUUCUGAAGCUUAGAAUGUAAAAUACUAAAGUUACAGAAAGAGCUGGUGACUCCUCUAAUGUUUAUGUGUGACGGUGGAUUUAUUAGACGUAAUCUUUGAUCCAAAUGAAAGAUUCAAAAAUGUGUUUGUUGUGAUUUGAAUUGUUUGUGUGUUUUCAUCACCAGAGAGGCUGAUAGGACUUCAGGGACUUUAAGGUUAAUCACGAGGCUGAAACCUUCUCUGACUACCUCCUCACAGAACCGCAUGUCCAGAUUCUUAUCACCUUCUAUCAGAUCUCCAACUGCAGGCUGAGCCGGUUAGCUGAGACGUUCUUUACUCAACAUAGUUUGUUUAGAUAGUAAACGGUUGUUUUAUUGUUGAUUUAAUAUCUCAGUAGUGAAUCAAUCGCUAUAGUGUGACUGAGAAUGAACAAAAAACGUCACAUUCUCAGUUCACUGCUACUGUUGCACAAAAACUCAAGUAGCUUCACGUCUCUGCAGACGCUUCAGUUCUCUGCAGACGCUUCAGUUCUCUGCAGACGCUUCAUGUCUAUGCAGACGCUUCAGUUCUCUACAGACGCUUCACGUCUCUGCAGAUGCUUCACGUCUCUGCAGACGCUUCAGUUCUCUGCAGACGCUUCAGUUCUCUGCAGACGCUUCAGUUCUCUGCAGACGCUUCAGUUCUCUGCAGACGCUUCACGUCUCUGCAGACGCUUCACGUCGCUGCAGACGCUUCACGUCGCUGCAGACGCUUCAGUUCUCUGCAGACGCUUCACGUCUCUGCAGACCCUUCACGUCGCUGCAGACGCUUCACGUCGCUGCAGACGCUUCAGUUCUCUGCAGACGCUUCAGUUCUCUGCAGACGCUUCAGUUCUCUGCAGACGCUUCACGUCUCUGCAGACGCUUCAGUUCGCUGCAGACGCUUCAGUUCUCUGCAGAUGCUUCACGUGUCUGCAGACGCUUCACGUCUCUGCAGACGCUUCAGUUCGCUGCAGACGCUUCAGCUCUCUGCAGACGCUUCACGUGUCUGCAGACGCUUCACGUGUCUGCAGACGCUUCACGUGUCUGCAGACGCUUCAGUUCUCUGCAGACGCUUCACGUGUCUGCAGACGCUUCACAUCUCUGCAGAAGCUUCAGUUCUCUGCAGACGCUUCACGUCUCUGCAGAUGCUUCACAUCGCUGCAGACGUUUCAGUUCUCUGCAGACGCUUCACGCCUCUGCAGACGCUUCACUUCUCUGCAGACGCUUCAGUUCUCUGCAGACGCUUCACUUCUCUGCAGACGCUUCAGUUCUCUGCAGACGCUUCAGUUCUCUGCAGACGCUUCACUUCUCUGCAGACGCUUCACGUCUCUGCAGACGCUUCACUUCUCUGCAGACGCUUGACUCUGCUGCCCGUGUGACAGAUGCUGAAGCCGUUUCUCCUGGUCUACAUGAUCUGCGCUGCCGUCUUUACCAGCUGCAGAUGAAAUCCAUCAGUCAUUGAUCCUCAUCAGAGCUGAACCUGAAACCGUCUCAGACGCGGUCGCUGGCGUCUCUGCAUGAUUGAAGUCAUUUUAACCAAAGUCUGCACUAAAUCCUUCAGAGCAGAAGCCUUCUACCUCUUCCUGUUUCAUCUGUGAUCAUCAGUGUUUGUGGAAAGACUUUUCCUUUAGUGAAUCACACUUUUAUGAAGGUUUGUAGUUUUAGAGAACCGUCGGUUGGAUUAUUGUUUUGUAGUUAAAAGCCUUCAAGUUUUCAACAAUCACUAAACUUCAGGACAGACUAUUUAUUACUUUAUUUUACCAGAAAGUUUCUGAGAUCAAAUCUCUUUUUUGAGAGAGAGAGACCUGACCAUCGGGUCACAGAAAAACAAACAUAAAUAUCAAAUUUACAAUCAGCUCAAGAAUAUCAUGAACACUCUUCUGGUUUUCACUCAGAAAGGAUUCUUUUAAAGCAGAUUUCUGUCUAAAUACAGGACAGGAUAUAUUCAUGUAUGCAGUACUGAUAGUAAUUCUUCAGUACUGAAGUAAAUAUUCACAUUUCUGUUUGCUGCAGCUGGUUUUAGUGACAGAGAGACGCUCAUCUUCAUUUUAUCUUAUAGUUCAGAUCAAACCUGAAAGCAUCAAAGACUGUUACUAAAUGAUGUGACUGAAUCCUGCGUGUCAAACCACUAAUAUUGAGAUAAAAUAUGUUUAAAAUGAAAGCAGCACAUUUAGAUUAGUAAACGUGAAUGGUAAUAGGAGUUUCAGUUCAUCUAUUGAAUCUAAAUGUGUUUAAACUGUGUGUUCAUGAUUAUAUCAGCUUCUCACUGAAACUGUUAAUGAGUUAAUGAGUUGUGCGUUUAGUGUGUAGUGACUAACAGGCUGUGCAUGUGUGUAGUGAACACUUUACCUGUUGUGUUGCCUCAAAUAAAUCCCCAGUUUUGCUGAA